UUGAACAGACAAGACCUGUAUCGCGUUACGUCCCGCCAUCAAAAAAUCUUUUUUGAGUGAAAAUCGGGAAAAUUCGAAAAAUCCGGCAAUUUUUCACGUGUCCCAAUAUGGAAUGUACCUCCAACAAUCGCAAAAACGACAAAUAAUCCCGAAAAAGCCACGAAAAACGAGCAAAUUGUGAAUCUCACAAACAACAAAAAUCCUGUUUGUUAUCUCUCCUCUGUACAUAUCACACAUACCUGUUAUUUAUAAUUUAGAAUAAAAAAAAAUAAAAAAAAAAAAAUUAAAAAAUGAAAUGAAAAAGUGCGAAAAUGAAGAAAAAUAAAGUAACAGAGGAAAAUGAGGGAAAAAAGAGAAAAGAUGAAAAAAAUUUGUCAUGUCGGUUCCUAAAAAAAAAUAAAAAUAAUAAAAAGCAGAGUAACGAAAUAGCAACAAAGAAAAUGCGAAGGAAAAUUAAUUUCCCACAGUGCUUGUCAAUUUUUCUGAUAUUCCUUCUUGUGAAAGUAGAAAUUUCUGUGUUUGCAUCUUCCGCUGGAUUAAAUACGCCGCAAAGUAGCAGCAGCAGCAAUAGCUCCAACAUCGACGAAUCCAAAAAUUUUGGACAUUUUCAAGCAUCAUGUCCCCAAAGUCACUUUACCUGUAAAAGUGGAAAAUGUAUUCCUGCUCAUUGGCGCUGUGAUAACCAUGUCGAUUGCGAUGAUGGUUCAGAUGAAACUGACGAGUGCUCACAAAAACGCACUUGUGAAAAAGGUCAAUUCCAUUGUAAACUCACACACAAAUGUAUUCCGGAAAAAUGGGUGUGUGACGAGGAAAUUGACUGUGGAUAUUCGGAGAAAUACAAAUUAACAGAUGGAUCUGACGAGGAUACAGAUUCAUGUAAAAAUAACAAAACCUGUCCUCCAAAUUACUCCAUUUGUAGCAAUGGAAAAUGCUUAGAGAUAGAGAAAUUUUGUAACGGGGUCUGGGACGAUUGUGGAAACGACGAAGUCAGUUGUAGCAGCAACCGAACGGCGUGUAAUAGUGUUAAUUGUUCAUAUAAUUGUAAGAUAACGCCCGAUGGCCCGAAAUGUUACUGUCCCAAAGGUCAAAUACCCGAAGGCGCGUCAUGCGUUGACCUCAACGAAUGUCAAUCCCCAAGCGAUAACUCGUGCGAGCAACUUUGCAUCAACACAAUUGGCAGUUAUACGUGCGCCUGCGUCGACGGAUACCGUUUGACGGAGGGAAAUCGUUGUCGCGCCAUCGAUGUGCCAUCCAACUCGAAGCCCGUCUUGCAAUUUAUGACGCAAACCGACGUGCGUCGUGUCUACAUUUCGCGCGAUAGUAGUAAGAGUAGUAGUAGUAGUAGUAACAGUACUGAUAAGAAUUCUAGUGUAAAAAUCGCGUCAUCCGAGACAGUGAUGAUGGUAAAUUACGCCAUUGCCCUUGAAAUGUGGCACAAAAACGAGAGUAUCUGCAUGAUAACCGCCGAUGCUAACCAAAAUGUCGAAUUUACGUGUCACGAGUUCCUUAAGCCCGAAAAUAAGCGACGCAUGUCAUCGCCCGAUCUCUUUAAUCUCGACUCUGUGAGUCGACUAUGCUUGGAUUGGAUCUCGGGGAAUUGGUAUUUUUACGAUGGUGAUCGUGAGAUAAUUUUCGUUUGUUCUUCCGAGUUGCGACAUUGCACGAUCAUUUUGGAGCACAAUUUGGAGAAACCACGUGGCAUGGCACUCGAUCCCACAAAAGGUUUCAUAUUUUAUACGGUUUGGGGCAAAUCCGCCGCUUCCUUGCAACGAGCGAAUCUCGAUGGAACAAAUGCGAAAAGCAUCGUUACUGAAAAAAUUGUCUAUCCCCAUGCGGUAACCGUUGAUUUGGCAAUGUCUCACGUUUAUUACAUCGAUUCGUAUUUGGAUAAUGUUGAACGUGUCAACUACGACGGGUCUCAUCGAUGGACCAUGAGGAAAAAAUCACAACUUUUGGGUGUCGCACAAUCCUUACAUUCCAUUACAAUCUUCGAAGAUACCAUUUAUAUCGCUUCCUGGAACAAUCAAAGUAUCAUAGCUGUCAAUAAGUUUACGUCAGAAGCUCGAAUUGUGCAUCGGGAUGUUACGCGCCCUUUUUCGUUGCACGUGUAUCAUCGACAACGUCAACCUGACAUCGAUCAUCCAUGCAAUCGACCAAAUCGCUGUGAUCAUUUGUGCAUUCCGUCGUACGAAAAGGGCAUUGGCGUCGCAAAAUGUCUUUGUUCACCCGGAUUCAAGCUUGAAAAGUCUUCCGGGAAAUGUUUAAGGAACGACGAGCCCGUAUUUUUGCUGUAUGCCAAAGAAAGCUCCAUGAUGAUCAAAGGAAUUUCCAUUAUGCAAGAACACUACACGAAAAAUGCGAUUCCUGAAACAAUUAUUCCUAUCACGAAUCUCACGUGGCCCAUCAGUUUCGACUAUAAUGUGCGAGAUAAAUUGAUUUAUUUCGGAAAUACCGUAGAAAAGUUGCAAAAAAGUCGAACAUUUUCAAAAACGUUCAACAUUGAAUCUCAAACACUUGACGGUACAGAUCGCAAAAUCCUCGUUGAAGGAUUAAAAACUAUCAGCGGACUUGCUUAUGAUUGGAUGGCCCAUAACCUAUUCUAUACAAACUCCGAUGCAAACACUGUAGCAGUUAUCAGCUUAAAAAACACAGAUAUUCGCAAAGUUCUUGUACGAGAAACUUACCAUCCGAUGUCUAUUGCUCUCGAUCCAAAACGGGGAAGGAUGUAUUGGUCGACAUGGGCUUCGUUUUAUCAAAGCACAGGUUUGAUCGAAACCGCGUUCAUGGAUGGAACAAAUCGAACGACUUUUGUCAAUGCCAGCGUGCGAAAUUUGCAUUGGCCAACAAGUUUAUCGAUUGAUUUCACGGAAGACAUGUUAUAUUGGUGCGAUCCUGUGACGCCGGGCAUCGAAAGAAUCAAACUCGAUGGCAGUGGGAGACAAAUGUUACAUGAAGGCACUCAAAAUCAGUUUUAUCCGAUGUCAGCAGUACAUUACGAUAAGCAUAUAUAUUGGACAGACAACGUUAAAGGAGGAAUUAUGAAACUUAGUAUUGAGGAUUCGUUGAAAGAUACAUCAGCGGAGACUUAUGUCACGUUAAUUGAUGAGAAACCUUUGGUUUAUGACAUGAAAAUUUACAUCAAUGAUUCGCGAUUGGAUACAAAUGAUUGUAGUUUAGACAAAAUUUGCCCUGGGAUUUGUCUUUUUACGCCGAAUGGAAAGUUAUGUGUCUGUGGAGAUGGUUUCGAGAUGAUAAACAAUGAAUGUAAGAAAAUUGCAAACUAUACUGAAGUUGCCAAAUGUCCUGUAAACACGUUCAAAUGUGUUUCCAACGACAAAUGUAUCGAUCAAGAUUUCGUUUGUGACGGAGUUCCUCAUUGUUUGGAUGGAAGCGAUGAAGCCAAAGACUCAGGAGGUCCCUGCGGAGGUUCUUGCCCAUUAAAAACGCAUUUCAGGUGCGAUGGAAAUCGUUGUAUCGAACGUGAACUUGUUUGUAACAGCGAAUACGAUUGUCAUGAUGAAUCAGAUGAACAUCCUGCGAAUUGCCCGGGAAAUAUGACAGCAAUAAUUUGUGGCAGUAAUCAAUUCCAAUGCGAAAUAUCGAAAAAAUGCAUCCCAAUGUCGUGGGUUUGUGAUCGUCAUGCGGAUUGUGGACCUCAUGAUAACUCCGAUGAACCUGAACAUUGCAAUAAAUGCGACGAAUUUGAAUGUAACAAUAAGCAUUGCAUUUCUUUCGAUUAUGUAUGCGAUGGAACAGAUACAUGCGGCGAUAAUUCAGAUGAAAUUGACUGUGAUACGGGUUGCAAAUCGGAUGAGUUUUAUUGUCAACCUCUCGGAUGCAUCAGUAGUAUCCACAAAUGCGAUGGAAAUCCCGAUUGCGCUGAUGAAGCAGAUGAAAAAGAUUGCAAGAAUCGCACAACGACGCUUAAACCUGAAAAAGAUCGCCCUCUUGUGCGUUGCAGCCAUGAUGAAUUCACAUGUGACAAUUUCGAAUGCAUACCAAAGUACUUCCGAUGUGAUGGCGUCAACGAUUGUCUCGAUCGAAGUGAUGAAAAAAGUUGCAAACAAAUCACGCGACGUCCUCAUACCGCAAAUAGCAGCAUUUGUGAUUAUCCGGAUCGUUUGUGUAAGCCAACGAAUGAAUGUAUAACUGUCGAUCAACUCUGUGAUGGGCGAAUAAACUGCAUUGAUGGCUCAGACGAAGGAUUUUUGUGUAGAGAAAAGCAUUGCGAUCAUAACGACGAGUGUUCGCACUUUUGUCAUAAUGCUCCCGAAGGAUUCGCAUGUGCUUGCCCGGCGCAUCUCUAUUUGCAAUCUAAUGGGAAAACAUGUUCUGCGGAUCAUGCCUGUGAUGAUUGGGAUACUUGUUCGCAAUUGUGCGUUCCGCAUGGCAAAAGAUACAAAUGUGAGUGUUUGCCGGGAUAUACGUUGCAAUAUGACGGGUUUAAUUGCAAAAGUAACAACAAAGAUUCGCCCUAUGUUAUCUUCAGUAAUCGUCAAGAGAUCCGUGGAGUUGAUCUAAAAACAUUAGCUGUCAAAAACUUUUAUACAUCACUGAGAAAUACAAUUGCUUUGGAUUUCCUUUACACAAAUUCAUCAAUUUCGGUUGUUUGGACCGAUGUUAUUGACGAUAAAAUUUACAAGGGAACGUUAAUUGGCGAUUCAAUCAGUAACGUUGAAGCUGUUGUCACUUCAGGAUUGUCAACUGCCGAAGGACUUGCUGUUGAUUGGAUUGGUUUGAAUCUAUAUUGGGUCGAUAGUAAUUUAGAUCAAAUUGAAGUUGCCAAGUUCAACGGGAGUUUUCGUCGAACUCUCAUAUCAGGAGAUAUGGAAAGCCCCCGUGCGAUUGCUUUAGAUCCUCGUGAUGGUUUACUAUUUUGGACUGAUUGGGAUGAAAGCGAUCCUCGUGUUGAACGAUGUUCCAUGGCAGGUGAAUUUCGUACAACCAUUAUGCAAGUCGAUCGUGUAAACGGCGCAUGGCCUAAUGGAUUAACAUUGGAUUAUACAACGCGUCGCGUUUAUUGGAUAGAUGCGAGAUCAGAUUCAAUUCAUUCAACCAAUUACGAUGGUAGAGAUCAUCAUCUCAUAAUACAAGAUCAGGAAACGUUAUCGCAUCCCUUUGGGAUUUCACUGUACGAAAGUCACGUUUAUUGGACAGAUUGGCGAACAAAUUCAGUAAUACGAGCAAAUAAAUGGAAUGGAUCUGACAUUGCUGUGAUUCAACGAACACAAACUCAACCCUUUGGUAUUCAGAUUUUGCAUUCGAGUCGACAACCAACUGAUGGCGUGAACCCGUGUGGCAGUAACAAUGGACAAUGUUCACAUUUGUGUCUUUUAAGUUUAAAUAAGACUUACAAAUGUGAAUGCCCGCAUGUCAUGCGCUUGAGUAACGACACAAAAACUUGCAUUCCUAACGAACAAAUUUUACUGUUUUCACUCGGCAGUGAAAUUCGCGGCGUUGAUUUGUUCCGCCCGAAUCACAAUACAAUUCCGACAAUAAGUCAUCCAACGCAAGUUGUUUCAACAUUCCUCAUUGACUACAUCGUGAGCGAAGAACGCAUUUAUUGGGUUGAUAAUUCUUUGAACGAAGUAAAAGCGAGCGGAAUCUCAAGCGGUCCAAUUCAAACGAUUCUCGAUACAAGUAUUGAACAUAUCACAGCAUUUUGUGUUGAUUGGAUCUCAAAACUCAUCUUUAUAGCAGUUAACAAACCUGAUAGUCGUAUCUACGUGUGCAACACAAAAGGCGAAUAUCUGACAGAAAUCCAUCGAAGCUCUGAUAAAAUCGUUCGCAGCAUGGCAGUUGAUCCAGUUGUCGGGCAUUUGUAUUAUUCUGUAUCAGAUGACGCCGGAAUUGACAAUGAAAUUUACUAUUGUGACUUGGAUGGCAGCAACCAUUUCCCGUUGAUUAAUAAAACAAGUGCAAGUAGUCAAUCUGGACCUUAUUUGAGUUUACAAUUCAUUCGCCCGAGCGAACGUUUGUACUUUAUCAACCAAAAAGGCAUCUGGUUCGUGGAUAUUCGCGAUGGAAAGCCUCAAAUAAUCUAUCAAAGUCGCUUGCAUCAAGAAAUUUCCGCCAUCACAGUUUAUGAAUCUCAUGUUUACUUCACGGAUAAUCAUGACAACACAAUUCAACGAUGUUCGUUAACAGAUUGCAAAAGUUCGAUAGUCAUUCGAAACUCAACAAGUCAAAUCACGGAUUUGAAAAUGUAUUAUCCCGCAUCACAAAAAGGCAGUAAUAAAUGUGAAAAGAAUCGCGGAGGUUGUCAACAUCUUUGUUUCCCAAAACUUGAUUCGCAUGUUUGCAAAUGUGCAAUAGGAUUCGAAGCAGUAGAUGAAAAAUCAAUUAAAUGCAAGGGCGUUGAAGAUUUCCUCAUUUACAGUAUCGGGCACGAAAUAAAAGGCUUAUCUUUGGAUGAUCCAACGAAAAAUGUUCUUGGACCGCUGCAACAAAUAUCUCUUGCGACAAAUAUCGAUUAUCAUUACGACGCUGAUCACAUUUAUUGGGCAGAUAGCGACAAAGGCGCCAUUACUCGUAUCAAACGCGACGGAACUGGCAGAGAAGUUGUUGUCAAUUCGUUGGAAGCUAUCGACGCAAGUUCAGGCGAUUGGUUAGGCGGUAUCGCCAUCGAUUGGAUUGCGGGAAAUUUAUAUUGGACUGAUCAAAAGAGAGAUCUAAUUGAGGUUAUGCGACUUGAGAAAAACAUCCGAUAUGUAGUUGUCUCGAAUAUAAACCAACCAAAAAUUAUUGCAGUUGAUCCAAUAGCUGGUUUGUUAUUUUAUGCAGGACAUGGCAAAAUUGGGAGACUAAAUCUCGAUGGAAGCGAACAAAUUAUCAUCGCGAAUCAAUCGAGUGCAGUAAAUAGUUUGGCUUUGGAUUCAAUGAAUCAACACGUUUAUUGGUGCGAAAUGUCAUCAGACAUCAUAAUGCGAAUCGAUUACGAUGGAAAUAACAAACAAGUUGUGCUAAAUACGACAAUUGACAAUCCAAUUGCGCUCGAUUUGAUCGACGGAAAUCUUUAUUGGGCAGAUUCGACGCAUGAGAGCGCUGUGAUCAAAAUGGCGCCUGCACUAAAUGUCAGCGAUUACGUCAAAAUUCAAACUGUUGACAGUUCCGUUAAAGAUUUGGCGAUCUUUUCGAAGAAAAAGCAGAUGGGAUCGAAUCUUUGUGCUGUCAAUAAUGGCGGAUGUCACGAAUUGUGUUUGUACAAUGGAACAAGUGCUGUUUGUGCUUGUUCUCAUGGAAGAGUAGCUGCCGACGGGAAAAGUUGUGAAGAUUAUUCGACAUUUUUGAUCUUUUCGAGAGUCAGUUCGAUCGAAAGUGUUCAUCUAACGGAUUAUACGAACAUGAAUGGACCAAUUGCCAAAAUUCAAAAUCAAACUUACCUGAAAAAUACGAUUGCUUUGGCUUAUGACUAUGCAAGAAGCUUAAUUUUUUACUCCGAUAUCCAAUAUGGGACAAUUAAUUCAGUUUAUUUCAACGGAAGUAGUCAUAAACAGAUCGUUAAUGAACAAGUAACUGUUGAAGGACUUGCUUUUGAUCCUGUUUCAACAACUCUCUUUUGGACUUCAAAUAAUGACGCCUCAAUUCGUGCUUUGGAGAUCUCAAAUUUGACAACAAAUGUCACGCAAAAUACCAAAAACAUUCGUCUUGUCGUUCAUUUGAAGCCGCAAGACAAAUUACGAGGAAUUGCAGUUGAAUCGUGUCUCGCAAUGGUUUAUUGGACCAACUGGAAUUCGCAUGCGCCCUCAAUUCAACGUGCUUAUAUAUCAGGUUAUGGGACCGAAAGUAUCAUCACGACGGAAAUAAGGAUGCCAAAUGGAAUUACGCUUGAUACGGAAGCUCAUAAGCUCUUUUGGGCGGAUGCGCGUCUCGAUAAAAUCGAAAAAGCGAAUUAUGAUGGCACGAAUCGUAUUGUUUUGGCGCAUUCGACACCCAAACAUCCCUUUGCGAUGGCAAUUUAUGGCGAUAAUCUCUUCUGGACUGACUGGAUUUUGCAUGCUGUGAUAAAAUGUAACAAGCAUUCCGGCGGCGAUGUCGUAUUUUUGCGGAAAGAUGUUGGAAGACCCAUGGGAAUUAUCGCUGUGCAAGAUGCAGCUCAAAAUUGCACCGCGAAUCCGUGUCAAGUACUCAAUGGGGGAUGUGAAGAUGUUUGUACCGCUGACAAGGAGGGAAAAAUUAAGUGUCAUUGUACGCAGGGAACUCUCGCAGAUGAUGGCAAAAGAUGUCGUCCUAAAAUUUUAACUCAUUGUGCGACGGGACAAUUUGAAUGUUCAAACGGCGGAUGCAUUCCGUACUCUUUAACAUGCGAUUCUGUCAAACAUUGCGCUGAUGGGUCAGAUGAAUCGACAAUUUACUGCAGUCGACGACCUUGUCCUCGUGGAUAUUUCCGAUGUAACAACAAUCGAUGCAUUCCGGCGAAUCAAACGUGCAACGGCGUUCAAGAAUGCGAUCAGGGCGAAGAUGAAGCAGUUUGUAAUUGUACCGCCAACCAUUUCCGAUGCAAAUCUGGGCAGUGUAUUUUGAAGAAAAAUCGUUGCGAUUACGAUCCAGAUUGUCCCGAUGCUUCCGACGAAAUGGAUUGCCCGCAACGCGAUUGUAAUAAGACAGUUUUAAUUCAUUGCAAUCACACGACAGCUUGUAUUAUGGAGUCGUGGAUCUGUGAUGGCGAGAACGAUUGUUGGGAUAAUAGUGAUGAGAUGAAUUGCCCGAAACCGAUCGUUCAAACUUGCGGACCUGAUAAAUUUAUGUGCUCGAAUGGGCAUUGUAUUACGGCGGAAUGGAGAUGCGACAAUGAAGAUGAUUGUUUGGAUGGAACGCCGGGAAAUUUGAGCUCUGAUGAACAAAAUUGCACGAAACAUUGCAAAACGAAUCAAUUUAAAUGUGAAAAUAGCUCCGUUUGUAUUCCCAAUGGAUGGCAAUGUGAUGGAAAUCCAGAUUGCGAAGAUGGCUCCGACGAAGGCCCUCAAUGCGCAAGUAGAGAUUGUAACAGCUCCGAGUUUUCAUGCAAAAGCAAUGGAAGAUGCAUUCCCUAUACUUGGGUGUGUGACGGAGAGGUCGAUUGCGUUGUCGGCGGCGAAGACGAAUCCCCCGAGCAAGGAUGUCGCAACGACACUUCAUGCAGUCCCGAUUCUUUCACGUGCAAUUCUGGCGACUGCGUUGAUCUCAGUAUGGUUUGUGACGGCGAUCAAGAUUGCAUCGAUGGCUCCGACGAAAUGGCAGAUUGUCUUGGAUCUUGUCAUCCCGACGAAUUCAAAUGCAAUUCGGGCAAAUGCAUUCCGCGCAACGAAACUUGCAACUUUUUGAACGAUUGCGGCGAUUUCUCCGACGAAGACGAGGAUUUGUGCAAAAAUGUCACACACGCAUGUUCGGGACCUUCGGUGUUCAAAUGCAAAAACAACCUUUGCAUUUCGGAGAAAUUAUUGUGUGACGGAAACGAUAAUUGCGGCGAUUAUUCGGAUGAGGAGACAUGCAACGUGAACGAAUGCGAAAACGAAAAUCUUUGUGCGCACGUUUGUCAUGACAAGAAAAUCGGAUACGAGUGCGGAUGUUAUCCGGGAUUCAAAGUGAGUGAGAAAGAUUCGCGUUUGUGUCAAGAUAUUGACGAAUGUUUGGAUAGACCAUGCACGCAAAAUUGCCGAAAUACGUAUGGAUCGUAUGUUUGCAGUUGUGCCGACGGAUAUUUGUUGAAGGAAGACAAUCACACGUGCAAAGCAAAUCAUUACGAACAUGCCACAAUUCUCUUCUCGAACCGUUAUUACAUCCGCGAAGUCGAUUUGGGCGGAAAUAUGACAAUUUUGGUGCAUAACCAAUCGAAUGCCGUCGCCCUGGACUACGAAUACGAAAGUAAAUGUUACUAUUGGAGCGAUGUCACAUCCGUAAUUAGUUCCAUUAAGCGUUGGUGCGAAGGUUCGAACAAAACUGAAACUUUGGCGCAAAAUACUUUGAAGAAUCCCGAUGGUCUCGCCGUCGAUUGGAUCGGAAAAAACUUGUAUUGGUGCGAUAAGGGUCUCGAUACGAUCGAAGUAGCCACUCUCGAUGGGAAAUUCCGUCGAGUAUUGAUCAACAAAAAUUUGCAGGAGCCACGAGCGAUUGUCCUCGAUCCGCGUCACAAAUUUUUGUACUUUUCCGAUUGGGGAGACAAUCCAUAUAUUGGCAAAGCUGGCAUGGAUGGCAGUAAUUCGCGCAUUUUGAUUCACGAAAACCUCGGAUGGCCAAAUGCGUUGAGUAUUUCCUUCGAAACGAACGAGAUAUUUUGGGGAGAUGCGCGCGAAGAUUUCAUUGCAGUUGCCGAUUUGGAAGGAAAAAACCGAAAAAUUAUCGUAAAUCGACAAAUGAACCCAAAUUUGAAUUUGCAUCACAUUUUUGCGAUUGCUGUGUGGGAAGACAGGAUUUAUUGGAGUGAUUGGGAGACGAGAAGCAUUGAGUAUUGUCACAAAUAUCGCGGAGAUAAUUGCUCGACGUUGGUUAAUACGGUUCAUAGGCCCAUGGAUAUUCGGGUGCAUCAUCCAAUUCGGCAGAUAAAGAUUGAGAAUCCUUGUGCAACGGCAAAUUGUUCGACAUUGUGUUUGUUGUCGCCUGAACCGCCGUUUUAUAAAUGCGUUUGUCCCGAUAACUUUGUGCUUGGGGAUGAUAAGAAGAGUUGCACGGCAAAUUGUACGUCGGCGCAAUUUAUUUGCAAAAGUACGUUCAAGUGCAUUCCGUUUUAUUGGAAGUGUGACACACAGGAUGAUUGCGGCGAUGGAAGCGAUGAACCCGAACAUUGUCCCAACUUUGCAUGUCAACCAGGUCAAUUCGAGUGCUCGAACAAAAAGUGCAUCAAUCCCGUUUUACUCUGCAAUGGAGCGAAUGAUUGCGGUGAUUUCUCCGACGAAAAGGACUGCGAUGACUACGUUUGCUUCAACACACAAUUCAAAUGUGGUAAAACAGCAAAUACCACGUCGCAUUGCAUUCUUUCGGAAAAAAGAUGCGAUGGUCACGUCGAUUGUCCCGGAGGCGAAGAUGAAAAGGAAUGCCCGAAUAAAUCGUGUACUUCAGCUCAUUUCAAAUGCGGCGACGGAAAAUGUAUUCCGAAUGUUUGGAUUUGCGAUGGCGACGCCGAUUGCCCCGAUAAUUCUGACGAAUCCGAUUGUGAGAAACGAGAAUGUCCUCGAAAUGAGUAUAAAUGCCAUACGGGACGAUGUAUUCCGGUUACUUGGAAGUGCGAUGGGGAAAUUGAUUGUCCCGGCGGAGAGGAUGAACAAAAUUGUCAUGAUGGGGUAACUUGUGAGCCGAGCUAUUACAAAUGCAAUAAUUCAAAAUGUAUUCCGGGAAGAUGGCGUUGUGAUGACGAAGACGAUUGCGGCGAUUUAUCUGAUGAAACAAACUGCGUUAUGCGAAAUUGUUCGGAAUCUGAGUUCAAAUGUGACGAUGGCAGAUGUAUUCGAGGCAGUCAAAGAUGUAAUGGAGAGUUUAAUUGUCGAGAUCAAAGUGACGAGAGAAAUUGUACAGUCACGUGUACGGAAAAUCAAUUCAAAUGUACAGACCAAAAUUUGUGUAUCGACAAAAAAUACCUUUGUGACAACGACUUCGAUUGCGCCAACGGUUCCGACGAGGAAAACUGCAAAUGCAAAGACAACGAAUUCCAAUGCAAGAACGGCAUGUGUAUCAUGAAAGAUUGGAUUUGUGACGGCAUCAACGAUUGCUUAGAUAAUUCAGAUGAGGAAACCGACACCUGCAAAGGUCGUUGCAACGGGCGUUCCUUCAAAUGCAAAAACAAAAAAUGCAUCCGAAAGAAUUUGGUAUGCAACGGCGUCGACGAUUGUGGCGAUCAUUCGGACGAAGAAAAAUCCGCUUGCGUCAAAUGUCCUUACAACACCUUCGAAUGCGCGGCAGAAGGCAUUUGCAUUGCCAACAAAACACGUUGCAACAAUAAAUUCGAUUGCAAAGACGGCAGCGACGAGAUCGGAUGUCCCAAAAUCGGAUGUGUGUUCGGAGCUUGUUCGCAAAUUUGCAUGGAAAAGAAAGGCGAACACUUUAACUGUAAAUGCGUUUCGGGUUACGGAAAAGGACAUGGCAAAAACGAUUCUUGCAUCGCUUGGGAUAUAGAUCAAAAAUUAAUGUUUGCCGGAGAAAAUGGCUUGCAAUAUAUGAGUCCUUAUCGAAAUCACGAAGGAAGUUUCAGCGUAAAGCUAUUCGACACACUUUCCGUUAAAAUCAAAGCUUUUGACUACCGGAUCAAGCCAAAUGGUGAAAUUGUCUUUUUCUGGAUAGAUUAUCACUCGAAAAAAAUCCAAAAAGUCACCGUAAAAAGUUUGGAUAACCUGAAACGUUUCAAACGACAAGAAACCUCAAUUCAUCAAGAUAUUUUGACCAUCGUCGAGGACUUGCAAGACCCAAUUUCGUUAGCGGUCGACUAUUUGAGCGAAAAAUUGUACGUAAUGGAUGCCAAAUCCGAAGCAAUUAUCGUCAUGGACUUGGAUGGCAAGAAACGCACGACAAUUGUCUAUACAGGUCGAUAUCCCACGGAAAUUAUCUUGGAUCUCGAAAAUCGUAAUUUAAUAUGGUCAACGAAGCUCAAAGCCAUUAUGUACGCCAGCAUGGAUGGAUCCAACAAGAAAGCUCUCGUUUCGCACGACAUUGAAUGGGCAUCUGGCUUAACGAUCGAUUACCCUUCGGGACGUCUCUUCUGGGUAGAUCAACGAAAAUCGACAAUUGAGUCCUCAGCCUUGAAUGGAAGCGAUAUUCAUUACGUGAAACAACUCGAUGAACUCGCCAAACCCGAUAAAAUUGACGUUUUCGAGGAUUUCUUGUACGUUACGUUGCGAAAUCAAACAAUAAUUCGCGUCAAUAAAUACGGACAUGGCGAAGUCGAACAUAUUUUGGAUGCGAAUCAUCGGGCGUACUCUCUCGUUGUUGUUCAUCAACUCAAACAAUUCUUGGAAGCACCGAAUCCUUGUACCACAAAUGCUUGUCAUUCGUCAGGUAUUUGUCUACUUUCCUCAGCGAAUGGAUCUCGCAGAACCUGCACUUGUCCCGAUAAUUUGCACAAAAAUGUCACCGAUGGAAAAGUUGUGUGCGAAGAAAAAUCGCUAAUUCCCGAUUCUUGUAACUUGAAAUGUGUUCAAGGGACGUGUCGAUACUCGGAUGGCUUCCCGAAAUGCUUCUGUCAUCCCGAAUACGACGGAGAUUUGUGCGAUCAUUACAUUUGUUCGGAUUAUUGCAAAAAUUCAGGGAAAUGUUACGUGUUGUACAAGAGUAACAAUCAAACGGAGCGAAAAUGCAUCUGCAAACCUGGAUUUAGUGGCGAUCAAUGCGAGAUUCCGAUCGAUCUUUGUCUCUCGCGAUGUCACAAUGGAGGAACUUGCAUUUAUGCUUCGGGAGGCAUUCAAAAAUGUAUUUGUCCAAUGGGUUAUACGGGAGAACAAUGCGAAAAUUGUGUCGAUUUGGAGUGCGAUAAUGGAGGAAUUUGUAGGAAAAAUUAUAAUGACGCAAGUAUUUGUUCGUGUCCAUCGGGAUAUUAUGGGAAACAGUGCAAAAAUAAUUAUUGCGAUAAUUUCUGUGUCAAUGGCGAGUGCAAAUGGAAUGAUAUUGAAGCAAAAUGUGACUGCAAGGAGUUCUUUUGGGGUAAAAGAUGCGAAAAUCAUUGUUCGAAAUAUUGCGAGAAUGGACAAUGUGAGACGAAGUACCCUGUUUUCGUUGAACAUUGUCAAGAGUACAAAACGGAUUUCGGAUGUUUCAAUUACGAAUGCCGUAAUGGAGGAAAUUGCGUUAGUGUUAAAAGUACGCCAGUUUGCAAUUGCACACGCGAAUACAAUGGAGAAUUUUGUGAACGUCUUGUCGGAUAUAACCAUGCUUGCAUCAAUUAUUGCGAGAACGACGGAAUUUGUCGACUUGACAACUCUCAGAAGCCAAAAUGUAGUUGCGUUGGACAAUGGGAAGGCGAAAAAUGUAACAAACCGCCCAAAUGCAUUGGAUCCUGUGGGCAUUGUGAAAAGGAAACUAUCAACGAAUGCACCUGCGAUAAUGGAACAAUUACUGCUUGUAUCUACGUACCAGACGAUGGAGUGCAAGGAGAAUUAAAUGACAAUGGAACUACUUAUGUAUUGACUUUCAUCACAAUUGUCAUGGGCAUUCUUCUUAUAAUUGUGUCGUCGUUCUUUGUUGUAAUUUAUGUCUUAAGAAAACGAAGAAUGGGUCAACCAUUUUCUCAUGCUCGACUAACAGAAAAUGUUGAAAUAACUAAUCCGAUGUAUUGUGGAGAUACUGAUGAACCUCCAGCAUUUAUUCAUGAUAAUACAGACAAAGGACACUUUGCCAAUCCAGUUUACGAGUCAAUGUACGCUGGAAGUAACAAUGAAAUGACCACACUUGGUAACGGAGCAAACACAGCUCCCGACGAAAAGAAAGGUCUUCUACAGCAGGAUGACAGUAAUCAUCAAGAUCUGCUUUGAUCUGCGGAGAAAAUCUAGAAUUAAGCAACUUUGUUAAUAAUUUGAUUUUAAAAGAAAUGCGUUUUUAAUUUUUUAAUACAAAUUGUAAACUGUGACAUAUUUUUAUAUUAAUUCUUUUAAAGAUUAUGUUUUAUAUUUUAUAUUUUUUUAUUAUAUACAUCUAAUUAUCUCGCAAUAUAGCUUUAAUUAAAGAGAAUUAAAGAAACUGUUUACGAAGGCAGCUAGCUGUUCGAGUCCCCCCAACAAAGUCAUUGUACGAAAAGAAAAAAAAAACUAAAUGUAAUAAAUAAUAUUCAAUCUGUGCCCUACUUUUACGUCUACUAAAAAAAUGUAGGUUUAGAUAGCAAUGUGUAGGAAAAAAACAAAACUUUUGUAUCGAUAAAUGUAUGUUCUUUUUUGAUAACAUAUCUAAAUGCAAAAAAAGGAAAAAAAUAGCACACAUCUUAGGAUAAAUUUGCUCAAAAUAAGGAAAAAGCAACUUUUUUAUACGAUUUUAGUGGAAAUGGCCAAGAACU